GUUAAGUGGGUUAAGUCUCGUUUGAUCGCCGGAUUGCCCGGAAAAAUCCAAUGAUAAGCCCAGUGUAAAAAGAGGCUAUGAUGGCUUUGUCCAGUGCCACGAUCCGACUUAGAUUCGCCACUGGGCUAAGACUGCUGAUCCACAGGCGCCGCUUAAGCUAUGUCUUGGGCAUCGAAACUUCCUGCGAUGACACGGGCAUUGCCAUUGUUGACACCGACGGCCGGGUGCACUCAAAUGUCUUGUACUCCCAACAGGAGUUCCACACGCGCUAUGGCGGCAUAAUUCCCCCACGGGCUCAAGACCUGCAUCGAGCGCGUAUUGAGGAUGCCUACAAACGUUGUCUAGUCGAGGCGGAUCUCAGGCCGGAGCAGCUGACGGCCAUUGCUGUGACCAACCGGCCCGGCCUGCCAUUGAGUCUGUUGGUCGGCGUGCGGUUCGCCCGCCAUCUGGCGCGAAAACUGCAGAAGCCACUGCUGCCGGUACAUCACAUGGAGGCGCAUGCCCUGCAGGCACGCAUGGAGCACAUAUCGGCCAUCAGCUUUCCCUUUCUCUGCCUGCUCAUCAGCGGCGGCCACUGUCAGCUGGCCCUGGUCCACGGGCCCGGCAGGCUGACCCUGCUCGGCCAGACACUUGACGAUGCCCCCGGCGAGGCUUUUGAUAAGAUUGCCCGCCGCCUGCGCUUGUAUGUGCUGCCACAAUAUAGAACAUGGAAUGGGGGGCAGGCCAUCGAGCAUGCCGCUCAAUCAGCUCUCUGUCCAGAUGCCUACGACUUCCCCCUGCCGCUUGCCCAGCAGCGCAACUGCAACUUCAGUUUUGCGGGCAUCAAGAACAAUUCGUUCCGUGCGAUUCGGGCAAAGGAAAGGCUCGAGCAGACCCCACCUGAUGGCAUCAUCAGUAACUACAGUGACUUCUGUGCCGGCCUGCUGCAGGCCGUCAGUCGGCACCUCAUGCACCGCACCCAGAGAGCACUCGAGUACUGCCUGCACCCGGCGAACGGGCUAUUUGGCGAUGCAUCGCCCACUCUGGUGGUGUCCGGCGGUGUGGCAAACAACGAUGUGAUCUACCGGAACAUUGAGCAUCUGGCCGGGCAGUAUAACUGCCGCAGCUAUCGCCCCUUCAAGCGCUACUGCUCGGACAAUGGUGUGAUGAUUGCCUGGCAUGGCAUCGAGCAACUGCUGGCGAAUAGCGCAAAGAAUUUAAGAUUCGACUACCAAAACAUUGACAUACAGGGCUCGGCUGGGUUCAGAGACUCCUCCGUUGAGGAUGUGACCCGAACGGCCAUCAAAUGCAAGUGGAUUAAGCCGCUCGACCAUCUGAGAGGCGGAGCCAGCCAAGGCGGCGAUGCAAAGGCAUAGAAAAAUGUUAACUAUUUGAAUUUUCGUUUUUGUUUUUAUUUAUAAGAUUAUUAUCUGAAAUCAAUAAUGUUAAAUCACUAAGGUCUAGGAAAAAAAACACUGUCAAAAUUGAUAAUGUAUACAUAUAAAA